AUGUUCCAGUUCCAUAUUAUGGUAGCAAUUCUUCUUGAAAUUAUCCUUGAAUGUUCUGGAGUCGGUGAGAAAGCCUUCAACGCUUGCAGAGGCUACGGACAAUACAUGUUAGAGUGCCACAACGUACUCUUCCCAGCCCUAAGAGUCAGAGUCCCAGUAGACUACCUAUUAUACCCUCACAUGGUACUGAUAGGGUUUCGUCAAUCACCGUCGGACCCACCGGUAUGGAAAUGCGGUGGAAGUCUGAUCAGUGACCAAUGGGUGCUAACAGCAGCCCACUGCACUGAAGACCGGGACGCUGGACCAGCUAGCACCAUGAGAAUUGGAACAGCAACCUUCGAAUUUGACGAAGUUGAUGAACUGGUACAAGAAAGGAAUGUGACAGAGAUAGUGUCCCAUCCAAAUUAUAAACCUCCUUCUAAGUACCAUGAUAUAGCGUUGAUGAGAGCUGGUGCUCCAUUUACUCUUAAUCGGGACAUUAGGAUUGCUUGCUUACAUCGUGGAGAAGAUAUAAGUAAAUUGAAUUUAACCGUCAUAGGAUUUGGGAAGACGGCUUCUAGUGCGACGUAUGGAAGUCAGACGCUGAUGAAAGUGGACGUUGAUCUUAUAGACAGUGAAGUUUGCAAUCGUUCAAUGAAAUUUUUGAUCAAGAAGAAGAUCUUGGCUGAAGGGAUUACUGAGAACCAGAUUUGUGCUGGUGAUUAUACACAUGGUGGGAGGGAUACGUGUCAGGGAGAUUCUGGAGGGCCCAUGCAGGUGAUGGAGGACAGGGUGGACUGUUUUAAUACCUUUCCCUUACAUACUAUUGUAGGAGUGACCUCUUUUGGGAGGGAUUGUGGGAGGAAGAUGAGUCCUGGCGUGUAUACCAGGGUUUUCAAGUACUUGGAAUGGAUCGAGGGUAUUGUUUGGCCUGGUUAG